CAUGAAAGCAGGGCGUAUUCUGCUUUUUAGGCGCGGUUGCACGUACUGUUGUGGUGCGCAACUGAAGCUUACGUCACACCUGCUAAACGACCGUGUGCUUCGGAAGGGGCGCAAAUUCUUGUCACAGCUGGGGGGACGCAAGGAGAGAGCUGAAACCGCGGAAGGAGCUCUGCGCAGCGCAGACAAGCCGAAGAAGGGGGGCAAAACAGGGACGGUGUGCCAUCGGUUUGUUGGAGGACAAUUUGCAGACGCGGUCUGUCCGUGAACAGGCGGUGCACUGACUGCGAUUGUCGGGUUUACCCAAUUAAGGACAGGUCUGGUGCUAGUAGGCGGCCGUGCAGGCAACAUGGGGAUCAAUUAUGCAGCUUCUCUGCUGGUGCUCCUGCUGCUAGUGGGUCAAUCAAGCGCGUUCUACCUGCCGGGAGUGGCUCCUCAAGAUUUUGACAAGGAUGAUGAGGUGACAUUGAAAGUUAACAAGCUGACGUCCACAAAGACCCAGCUUCCCUAUGAGUAUUACUCCCUCCCAUUCUGCAAGCCAGACCGCAUCAUAAACAUGGCUGAGAACCUCGGAGAGGUGCUCAGAGGUGACCGGAUUGAGAACUCCCCUUACAAGUUCUACAUCCGGAGGGACGAGCAGUGCAAUGUGAUCUGCAAGAUUGACAAGCUGCCCAAGCAUGAUGCAGCAAUCUUCAAGGACAAGAUUGAGGACGAAUACAGGGUCAACAUGAUUCUGGACAAUCUUCCAGUGGCUAUGGUAAAGGUCCGCACAGAGAACGGGAACAGCUUCAAAACAUACGAAAGGGGUUAUCCUGUUGGGUUCAAAGCUGCCAUUGAGGAGGGUGGCGAGGAGAAGUAUUUCAUCCACAACCAUCUCCGCUUCACUGUGCUGUUCCACAAGGAUUAUGACAGCAACCUGGCCCGCCUUGUUGGCUUUGAGGUUGAGCCUUUCAGUGUGAAGCAUGAGUACGAGGCUCCAUGGGACGCCCUGAAGCCCCACCUCCAGACCUGCAACCCCGGCAGCAUGACAUAUGUCACCCACGGGCUCAGCCCGCAGAUCGUGGAGGAGGACGAGGAGAUUAUCUUCAGUUACGAUGUCAUCUACAAGAUCAGCGACAUCAAGUGGGCCUCCCGCUGGGAUACAUACCUGCUGAUGACCGACGACCAGAUCCACUGGUUCUCCAUCAUCAACUCGCUCAUGAUCGUGCUCUUCCUCUCGGGCAUGGUCGCCAUGAUCAUGAUGCGCACUCUUCACCGGGACAUCUCCAAGUACAACCAGCUCGAGUCCCAGGACGAGGCUCAGGAGGAGACCGGCUGGAAGCUGGUGCACGGUGACGUCUUCCGGCCCCCCAACAACGCGGGCCUGCUCUGCGUCUACGUCGGCACGGGUGUGCAGUUCUUCGGCAUGACGCUCAUCACCAUGGUCUUUGCGGUGCUGGGCUUCCUCUCCCCCGCCAACCGCGGCGGCCUCAUGACGGCCAUGCUCCUGCUCUGGGUCUUCAUGGGCCUACUCGCCGGCUACUCCGGCGCGCGCCUCUACAAGGUCUUCAAGGGCACCGAGUGGAAGAAGAUCACGCUCCAGACCGCGUUCCUCUUCCCGGGCAUCGUCUUCGGCACGUUCUUCGUCCUCAACUGCCUCAUCUGGGGGGAGAAGUCGUCGGGCGCGAUCCCCUUUGGCACCAUGUUCGCGCUCGUCUUCCUCUGGUUCGGCAUCUCCGUGCCGCUUGUGUUCAUCGGGAGCUACUUCGGGUUCAAGAAGCCUGCGCCCGAGGACCCCGUGCGCACCAACAAGAUCCCGCGCCAGAUCCCGGAGCAGGCCUGGUACAUGCGGCCCGUGUUCUCGGUGCUCAUCGGGGGCAUCCUGCCGUUCGGCGCCGUCUUCAUCGAGCUGUUCUUCAUCCUGACGUCCAUCUGGCUGCACCAGUUCUACUACAUCUUCGGGUUCCUCUUCAUCGUGUUCCUCAUCCUCAUCGUGACGUGCGCGGAGAUCACGAUCGUGCUGUGCUACUUCCAGCUCUGCAGCGAGGACUACCACUGGUGGUGGAGAGCGUACAUGACCAGCGGCUCCAGUGCGCUGUACCUGUUCCUGUACGCGACUUUCUACUUCUUCACCAAGCUGGAGAUCACAAAGCUGGUGUCGGGCGUGCUGUACUUCGGGUACAUGACCAUGAUUUCGUACUCCUUCUUCGUGCUCACGGGCACCAUUGGGUUCUACGCCUGCUACUGGUUCGUCCGGAUCAUCUACGGGUCGGUGAAGAUAGAUUAAGCGGCCCUUCUUCUGUAAAGGUUUAAGUGUGACGGUGUGGAAGGGACGGAAGUCAGCAAUUCAAUGAAGACCGAGCAGCUCUCUGAGCUGGGGCAGUCUCCCGCUAGGAACCUCUCUGACCUUCGUUGGAUACUAGUAGCUCUUUCCAAAUACUGUUGGGUUUAUCCAAGCGGGAUUGUAGAUGUAAGCUGCUGUUGUGGCUAGAUCUGCACUACUGCACCCUUCUGGUCAUUGCCUCGACUUGCAAUCAACGACAAACCUCUUUUAGAACCCUCACGAGUGUUGGGACAAACUUACACCUGAUUUACUUUGACUGCGCCAAGAUUUGUACACAUCCUGUGGCCGACUAUGUGCAUUGAGCGGUGCAGCCAGGCUGCAGACUUAAGCUGCAAAAAGGCAGCUUGCAAGGCCGCCAGAGACUGCAAAUAUUGCAAGCGCGGAUUGCUUGAACGUCUGGC